AUUUCUUUAUCAAAAAAUAUGUGGGCAUAGCAGAUAUUUGUGCUUUUUGUAAUCAACAAAAAGAAUAUACUGUAUUUCACUGUGAGGUGGUACAGACCUUUUGGUGGGAGCUCACUAAUCAUGUUUUUGUUUCAUUGACAAACCUUACUGUAAGGUUAAUUGAGCAGCAAAAGCAUAAACAUUUAUUUUUCAUUUAUCAGAAGUUAAAAUAUGUAGAUAAAGAUAUACAAUAAAUUAUAUAUAUAUAUAUAUACAUAUAAAGAGAAACUUGACAAAGAGGACAGCAUAAAAACAUUGUUACAACUAAGAAUACAUACAACAUAACCAGACUAAAUAAAAGGGCAUACAGUAUUUCUGCACCGACACAAUUUGCUUGUUAUAGGCCUACAAAAACUUUUAUUUUACUACUACGAUUACUAAAGUAACAUUUUUGAUUAAUUUUAUUUGUAAUGGACUUCAUUUUGUGUACUUUCCUUUACUUAAGCAAAAAGAAGUUCUACCGCUGGACACUAAACAAAUUCUUAAUGUACUUAGUGGGGUAAAAUUACAAAAACACAAUGCAGAAAUAGCUUCCCAUUGUUGCUGAGAAUAUGGGAUAAUUCAAGUCCACCCUUGCAUUACACACUGCAGUUGAUGUACAGCACCUAUUGAAAUACAGUUAACAUCCAUGUCUGUUUGUGUUGCACUGAGUGAAGAAUUCUGUCAUUUCUCUCUUUGAGCCCUGUUCCAAACUAAGAUUUAAAUUUGUACACAUUAUUCAAAACAGAAUUAUACAAGUAUGUGUCACUCUGUCUGAAUGUGUUCAUCGAGUUUACAAAUAUUUGGUUUCCAUAACAUUCCUUUUCCUAAUUUGUUCCAUCCCAUGAUCCAUGAAACCCUGCUCACAAUCUUGUGCAAAAUCCUAAACCCACUCAGUCUCGGUUUCCAAAAUAAGUCUCCUUACAUUCGUCAUCACAGUUUCGACACAGGUAGGUGUAGGGGGGAGGGUGCUCCAGGGGAUGUGCAGGUACAGAGGCGGAGGUGGGAUUUAUUUGUUUAGACUGAGUGCAUAGAGAGAAAAAUGGGAAGCUAUCCAGAUGAUUAAGUUUUCUUUUUCUGGCAACCAGUGAUGGAUACAACCAAAAUGAUUCACUCAGGAUCCAUAUCAUCAUUAUCAUCAGGGUAAUCACAACAAUAACCACACAUAACUGUAUGGUUUCACCAAAGUGAUGCUAAGACAUUACAGCUUCUUUUUUUCCGAGAGACUCUGAGGUAUAUCACUGAGGCAGGUUUAAGGUGGAAAAAGAGGGGGAAACAUAUAUGACAUACAUGUAUAGGACAAGUCCAGUCUGGUCCUGAGGUCCUUCCCUCCUGUGUACUCCCCUACUGGAGCUCAGCCCCACCCCACACCUCACAUUCCUCUACAAAUACCCACUCUUCUUACACAUAGCACAUCAGAAAACAACAUCUUCAAAACAACAUAUAGGCAGGAACGAAGAAAGAACCUCGAGAAACACUGCACCUAAUUUUUCAAUUUUCAAAUCAGGGACAGAGGACACAGAAUAAAAGAAUGGGAUCUUCUGCAGUUCAGAUUACAUGUGUGGCCAUCGGGGUCCUCGGCCUGGUCGGGGCCAUCGUCUGCUGUGUUGUCCCUCGCUGGAAAGUCUCCUCUUUCACAGGAUCAAACAUUGUGAUCGCACAGAGCUCUCAGGAAGGCCUGUGGAUGACAUGUGUGGUGCAGAGUACCGGCCAGCAGCAGUGCAAGAAAUAUGAAUCCCUGCUGGUGCUGUCAUCUGACCUGCAGGCCGCCCGUGCCAUGACCAUAAUCAGCUGCAUGUUGAGCGGCCUCAGCCUCCUCAUCCUGUUCUGCGGGGCCGACUUCACCACCUGCAUCCAGAAUGAAGACGCCAAGCCCAAGAUCAGCCUUGUGGCCGGGGUAGGCCUGCUGCUGGCCGGCCUCCUGGCGAUCAUCCCUGUCAGCUGGUCCGCACACAUUGUCGUGCGAGACUUCAACAACCCUCUGGUGCCUGCUUCCCAGAAGAGGGAGCUGGGAGCGUGCAUCUUUGUGGGCUGGGCUGCUGGCGUGCUGCUCCUUCUGGCUGGAGGUCUGCUGUGCUGCUUCAGCAGGCCCAAUUCUGGCUCAGGGGGAACCGCCAAGUACUACAGCAACGGCGCCUCUGCCCCUAACAAAAACUACGUGUAGUGCCUUUAUGAGAGGGACUGGAGUUUGACAGAAAGCAUGGGAGGGUGAUUUAGUUGGUGAAAGACUGGGAAGAAACAAAGUCGACAACACCAGGAAAAAGAAAAAGUCUCAGUAAAUAUCAUAUUCUGAUGAUGAUAACUGGCUCCAGUUUUUUCUUUCAUAUUCAAAGCUAUGCUAGUGUUUCUAUUUUAAAGCUAUUUUACUAUCAAGUUCUUGGGUUAUGCAUAAUCAAAUACAGGCUGUAAAUUACAGAUUAAACUCACAACAUUUUGUGAUCUUAGAAUGAAAAAGGUUUUAUUUGGGUUUCUGCUUUGACAUAUACCACAUCAACUAUGGUCUCCCAGCUACAAAACAGUUGUAUUCUCCCUGUUUUUCUUUUCUGAUUUCAAAAAAGAACCACACAAGUAAAAUCCAAGAUUAUGAAAAUGUUAAAAACAUAUUUGUGAGAAGAAAAUGAUCUGAUAAAAAUGCUAAAUGACCUUUAUUUAGAUGCACUAGUGGCUCAUAUUUUACAUAUAGUUUGGAUCAACCAUUCUGCCUCUGUUGUACGUUCGCAUGUUUGUUUCUCUCUCAUCUUUAAUGUUUAUAUAUAUAUACCGUCAGAAAAAGCUAACCAAAGGCCUCAGGGAGAAUCUGUGUGCACUUCUCUGAUGACAAACGUCCACAUGACAUUUCACAGCAUUUUAUAAAACUUUUGUUAUUGCUCAUUUUGUUUUGUUUCUCAUUUUGUAUGAUGAUGAGUGCAAAUGAUUAAAAGUUGGUCUAAUUCAAA